AUGAAUCGAUUUCGGAAAAACAGAAAGGAGAAAGUGAAGGAGGAUGGCGAGAGCAUGGAGAGUGUACCGACAUCACUGACCUCCAAGUUAUCAUGGAAAAACAAAAAAGGAGAACAAGAAGAAAAACCGGAGCUCGACCUCGCGAAUGCCCUGCCAUCCACGGAUGACUUUCGCACCAGCUUGCUGAUGCCGAAGCUGUCCGCACGUUUCAGCAUGCUGCGAGAACAGGAUGACCCAGACUCAUUGAUCGGCAAAGCGAGUGACGACAGCGUCCUCUUUCCCAAGCGGGCUUCCCGCUUGAAUCUUUUCGGGCACAGUCCCAACCUUUUGGCAGACAUUGACGAGGCUUCUCUAGAUGGUAGGCCAUCGAUCAACCUGGGCCGUACCGAUUCGUUCGUCUCCGGCGGCGACGGUGGCUAUGGGACAGAUGAUGAUCGUUCGCACAAUGGCAGUAUCAUGAGCCGGGCCCGGCGAACCGAGGGCAAUAAUCUAUUUGGUGGACGGCAGAAGGUUUACAAGAUCCCGACCAAGACAGCGAAUGGUUUCGGAUCCGAGUCGGGUCGAGCACCUGUGGGACGCGCCCUUUAUGAGCAUGACCUGUCCAUGUCUGCUUUCCAACGCUUGAGACUAAAGGAAAAGGAGGAGGAGCGCGAGACCGAAGAGAAUCAGCACGAAUCUCUAGCCCAAGAAUCGGAGGACGGUCUAUCAAGCAUCUCCUCCAUGAAGCGGACAACAUCGUCCUCAACCGCAUCGGGCCCUACUGCCAAUCGUCGCACGUCAACGGCAGCUACCUCGAUCGAUGGAGAAUCAUUUCCCUCGGGGACUGGGGGUUCUGGCGAAAAUUCGAAGUCAGGAUUCAUAGGGGCCAUGGCCUCAGAACGUGGUUCCUUUAAAUCUCGACGUCUCUAUGGACAAGGUCUGGCACAGUCCGCACAGAACCAGCAGAACACGACGCUGCACCGCCUGGAAAGUCUGAGUCGCCAACGUGCGGGUACGCUAGAGUCGCCUCCUCUUACCCGGACGUACUCCAGGAGCGCGACCAAUCUGCGUGACCGCCUCCAGAAACUCGCGAUUGCUGAGCCAACACCCGAGUGUUCCCGUCCGACCAGCCCUCCAUCCUCAGCCGUGUCACCAAAAUUGCCGAGCAACGAGAGCGAUCCCAAGGAACCAAAGUCGCAACUGACCCCCGGCUAUGGAGUACCGCCACUGAGUCCACCUGUCAGCGAGAAUGAAGACCUAGGAACAUUGGCGGCCGCCUUGCAACCGGAAGAUCAUGGAAAAGCUACGGCGAUGGGCCUCUUCAACAAGCCUCAAACUGCUUUUGAUGAGAGUCAGUUUACGCGACGUCAACUGCAGAUGCACCAGGGCACGAGCACACCGCCCCUCCGACGAGCUCCAUCACCUCCCGGUCGGAUGACUCCACAGGAACGCAUUGGACGUUCCCGGGGUCUUUCAAACACGAGCGGUUGGUCCAGACCUGAGUCUGCCUCCUCUCAUUACAGUGAGUCUCAUCGUGCAGCGAAUCAUUCGACUGCCCCGAGCAUCGACGCUUCUCCCGCCGGCCCUGCAAAUGGGACCUUUUUCUCAAACCCCAGUUCUGAUGCAUCCGACGAUGAAGGUGAUGAAUUCAAUGCGAGGGACGUUGCGGCUGCUAUUGACGCUGUCCAUCCUGCCUUCCGGUCUAGCACACCACCCAAGCCUGCAACUCCCCCUGAAGAACAUCAAAGCGUUCUGCCUGAAGUUCGGUUCUCCGACCUCGGUGAUUUGAAGCCUAUCGCUGAGAUUGAAGCAUCGGAAAGAACAAGCGUUGCGGAUGACAGCACUGCUCUCCCGGAAAAGCCCGACUCGCCCACACUCGGACCCUCGGGCCUUGGACUAAGUGGUCUGAUUCGCACCCAUCUUCGGCGUGACAGCGAUCGCUCGUCGUUCCAUGUGCUGCACUCUCCUGCAUUCCCACCGAAACCCAACGAUGACGAGGUUGAUGGAUCCGUGGCCAACGGAUCGGAUACGGCCAAUGGGUCCUCUCAGCGCGCGUCCACAGAUGGAAACAGCUCAAGGGACUCACAGGACAACUCCAAGGUACCUUCUUGGGACGACGAGUUGAAAUCGAAGCAUAGACGUCAAGGAAGCACGGAGACCCAGCGGGAGCGGGAAGAAUUCGAGAUCGAGCUUGCGGAGCGGCGGAGGAGAGUGCAGGAAAAGCUGAGAGGGUUCGCUGAAAGCGAGAGUCGAUCAGCUAGCCCGAUCUCCGGGCAUCGAACACCAGACUACCCACCGCAAACAAAGCCCGGCAACGCAUUUGCCCUUUUGAAGAGCAAGAAUCCCAAACAUCCCUUCUUCAGCAGACAAGAGCCGAAGAAUACCAAGGUGGUCGGUCUCGCCAGCGCAUCCACUCCAGCCUUGGUACCGGACGACCCCUGGCGAGAGGAGGACGAGAAGAUGCCGUUCAGCUUCGGCAAGCACUCCAACACCAGCUCACCGCAAAUCGCCGGAGAGAAGUCGAUUCGAUCCAGAGUGGCAGCGUUUGGCCGCGGCAGUCACGAAGGCUCCCGCGAAUCGAGCCGCAGCCGUGGCGCCUCACCGCAUUCAAGCAUGAGGUCUCAGAGGGAUCGUUCGAGCUCGGACGCCUCCGGCCGCUCCAAGAGCCGAACACGAUACCGCGAUCGCGAUGAUCUGGGGACACUGAAAGAAGAUGCUGCCGGCUCUCCUGAGCCGUUCCCGCACUUUGACCCGCGAGCCGCUCCUUCGGUUCCAUCCUCCACGCGUCCAUCGGUAGAGGUCAAUGAUCGUUCGGCAUCCUACGAUCGUUGCUCGUCAGCCGCAUCUGGACGCUACCGCAGCGGGAGUCGGUCUGCCACAUCGAGCUACUUUGAUCGACCUCCUCCGCCCUCUACCAAUCCUUCCAUGAUUGGAGUGUCUCCUCGGCCGUCUCCAAUUGCUCCUUAUUCCGCCAAUGCCACACCACCUCUACACGAAAUGUCCCCGAAUCCUUCCACGACAUCUCUACCCACCCAGGCAACCGGCGCCCAUCCUCUGCCUCAGCGAGCCCCAGGCCAUGGCGGUCUUCAAAAGCGGGUCAUUGACAAGACGCAGAUCUCCGAGCCAACUUUUGUCUCGUGCACAUCCAAUGUGCCGACUGUGGGUCUUCCCCCCGGCGCAAGCUUAAGUAACGGCAUGGAGACGCCACCAAUCCCGCCUAUGAACCCACGACGACGCCGCCAGACCACCACCCAGACCAUCCUUGGCGCCCUCAAGGGCGAGAAGCACGAGUCGUACCAUCCGGCCUCGACAGUCAGCAGCCCUCCCGAGGAACAUAGCACCUUCGACGACGACAACAACAAGCGGCCCAAGUCCAAACACAACAAGCUCCGCAAGACUUCCAGCGAGGGCGGUAGUCUGAACUCCAAGGCCCGACAGCAAGCGAUGGCGGCUGCCGCUGCCCCUCUGCCCCCUGCACCGGCAGUCCCGCCAUACCCGCCGCCCAAUGUCCCCAUAGAAGGUGGAAUGUUUUAG